GCACUUCCGGCCGGGCCUCCUGAACCCCUCCAAGCCACCCGCGCGUCGUCCGACCCACACCGGAACUGGGAAGCACCUGCCCCGAGCAGGGAUGGCGGGUCCCGGCUGGGGUCCCCCGCGGCUGGAUGGCUUCGUCCUCACCGAGCGCCUGGGCAGCGGCACGUACGCCACGGUGUACAAGGCCUACGCCAAGGAAGACCUUCCCCCAGAUCUUCUGUCCCCACAGAAGGACACCCGCGAGGUGGUAGCCAUAAAGUGUGUGACCAAGAAAAGUCUGAACAAGGCGUCGGUGGAAAACCUCCUGACGGAAAUCGAAAUCCUUAAGGGCAUCCGGCACCCCCACAUUGUGCAGCUGAAAGACUUCCAGUGGGACAGUGACAAUAUCUACCUCAUCAUGGAGUUCUGUGCAGGAGGUGACUUGUCUCGCUUCAUCCACACUCGAAGGAUUCUGCCUGAGAAGGUGGCUCGAGUCUUCAUGCAGCAGUUGGCUAGUGCCCUGCAAUUCCUGCAUGAGCGGAACAUCUCUCACCUGGAUCUGAAACCACAGAACAUUCUGCUGAGCUCCUUGGAGAAGCCCCACCUGAAACUGGCAGACUUUGGCUUUGCACAGCACAUGUCUCCAUGCGAUGAGAAGCAUGUGCUCCGUGGCUCCCCCCUCUACAUGGCCCCUGAGAUGGUGUGUCAGCGGCAGUAUGACGCCCGUGUGGACCUCUGGUCUGUGGGGGUCAUCCUGUAUGAAGCCCUCUUCGGCCAGCCCCCUUUUGCCUCCAGGUCGUUCUUGGAGCUGGAGGAGAAGAUCCGGAGCAACAGGGUGAUUGAGCUCCCUCCUCGGCCCCCGAUGUCCCGAGACUGCCGGGACCUGCUGCAUCAACUCCUAGAGCGGGACCCCGCCCAUCGAAUCUCCUUCCAGGACUUCUUUGCCCACCCAUGGGUGGACCUGGAGCACAUGCCCAGUGGAGAGAGCCUGACACGAGCGACGGCCCUGGUGGUGCAGGCUGUACAGAAGGACCAAGAGGGGGACACCAAGGCUGCCUUGACACUCUACUGCAAGGCGCUGGACUUCUUCGUGCCUGCCCUACACUAUGAAGUGGAUGCCCAGCGGAAGGAGGCAAUUAAGGCAAAGGUGAGGCAGUAUGUGUCCCGCGCUGAGGAGCUCAAGGCCAUCGUGGCAUCCUCCAAUCAGGCCCUACUGCAGCAGGGGACCUCUGCCAGGGACCUGCUCAGAGAGAUGGCCCGGGACAAACCACGCCUCCUUGCUGCCCUAGAAGUGGCUACAGCUGCCAUGGCCAAGGAGGAGGCUGGUGGUGGCAGGGAGCAGGAUGCUCUGGACCUGUACCAGCACUGCCUAGGGGAGCUGCUGCUGCUGCUGGCAGAUUCAGAACCUCAUGGCUCGGGCCGAGUACCUCAAGGAACAGCUCAAGAUGAGGGAGUCUCGCUGGGAAGCAGAGGGCCUGGAAAGAGAGGGGUUGUCAGAGUCUGUGCGGAGCUCUUGCAUCCUGCAGUGACCCCAGGACAGCUGGACUUAGCCUGGACCACCCGGAGUACAAGGCACACUCACCCAGGGGACACUAGGAACUCAGUGGCCCUGUGCACCCUGGAGUUUCCUGGAUGGACACCUCCAGCCACUCUGGGGUGCUCCCCACACCCCAGGGGUCUCAGGGCCUGUGUUGUCUGCCGGAGCCCCUGGCAGAUCUCUGGGAGGAGUUUCCUUUGGGGGACCCUUGCCCUUUAGUGACUGCUGAGCCCUGUGCCUGUCACUUUUGCUCUGCGAGGAGGGCAGGGCCCUUUGUAGGACCCUUCAGCUCUGGUCUCUCCGCCAGCAGCAGAUGGCCACUCCCUGGACCCACCCUUCUUGGACACUGUUACUCCAGUGAGCCUCCUCCAGAGUAGGGCACUCAGGGACCCCAUCCUACAGUGUGCACUCUGCUGCGCCUCACACCCGCCCCUGCCUCAGUCCUGUAAGAUGGCCCUUCCUGCCUGAUGUCAGGUCCUUUGGAGGGCUCAAGGCCAAAGUCCUCAGUCCUCAUCCCUCCCACCCCAGCCCACUCUGGAGGACACCCCAUGCUAGCUGCAGCUGGGAGGCCUGGGAACUGCCUGACCCCAUAUGAGACUGCAAGAGACCCAGCACAGACCAGGCUACCUGGUCCUAGGCCUAAUGCUGCUGCCACCCUGGGCCUGGGUCUCCAUCUCUGUGCUGGGGCCACCAAUUCCUCCACAGCCCAGAUCUUUUUUUUGUUUUGUUUUUGGUACCGGGGAUCAAACUCGGGUCCUUGCACUUGAGCAGCAGGCGGUGAAACCACUGAGCUAAAUCCCCGGCCCCCACAUAGAGUGAAUUUACCCUGGAGAGGAAUGUGCACACCAGAUGGGUUCCUGUAAAAGGCAGUGAGGGUGUUGGUGAAGCCAAACCCUUCUGCUAACAAACGCCACCUUAGGGCAGUAGUCCUGUGUCCUCCCGCUGGAGGUUGGAUAUGAAGAAUGCAAUUCAUUGUUUCUCUAUUAAAUUAUUUUCAA